ACCUCAAUAAAUCGAAGAUAUCAGAUUUUUAUAAUACUUUCCAAAUAUAUAUUCACAUUAUUGUCGCAUUUUGAAAAACUAUUGAAUAUAGGGAUCACCAAAAAUGAUAACGUUUGCGGAGUUGACGAAACAAGUUCAUUUAAUCAAUGAUUUGAUUUUAUCUGAUAUGGUUUGUGAGGACGUUGAUACCUCACAAGAGGCAAUAACGUUUAGUAAGCAUCUUCUGGCUACCAAGUACUGGUUCGCGCGUAUAUCGUGGGCAAAUAAGAAGCGUUACUUGCUGGCGUUGUUGCAAGACGUAAAGAGUGCGUGGGCACUGUCACUUCUACUCAAGUCCAUGUGGAACUGCCGCCCGAAAGAUGCUGUGCUGUCUGCCAACGAACCAAUAUUGUAUAGCAGCUACGAUCAAGUGCCAUUGGAUCACAACAGGACGGCUCUGCCGGUCCUCACUCUUGCGCAAGUCAUGAAGAGUGAUCGCAUUUGGUUUCUUUCCCUAGACCCGGAGUCUCAAGCUCUUGUGAUGUCGGAACUGUUAACAGUAGCGGGGGGUCCGGUCAUGUGGGAGGUGCUGAAACGAGCGCGACACAUUUACGAGAAAUACCGAGAUGGGAUGUUGCAGAGCUUACAAGAGUGCAUCGUUGUUCAUGAGACAGUAGAAAAGACGCCGACAUUACCGCCAUCGCCUACGCUGCCAUCUAGCUCAGCGUCUCCGGACAAGGUCUCGCCCAAAAGAGAUUCACGUAAAAGCUCAGCUAGUUCCUCCGCUGGACCGGAUUCAGCUCGACCAAUACCCGUCAUAAGCGAGGCGCAAAGAACAUUAGACGCCAGUCUAGCCACAUGGAAUGCAACAAUAAAAAGCAUGCGUGAUAGUUUAAAACUUGAGGAGAUGGAAAUGACUUUCAACGAUGGCACUAAGAGGAAAAUUUGGAAAGUACUGCGACCCAAGCCCGAGGUCAUUGAGUCUGUUGACUUUGUACAGCAGCUACCUUCAUCCAUCGGCAAGAGGAUCAUAUCGUACUUGCCCCGUGCUCAACUGGGCGAGUAUGCCAGAGUCAACAAGUAUUGGGCGUACCUCGUCGAGGAAUUCAAAGCUGAACUGACCGCUAGAACAAAACUCAACACCGACUUCGAAAGACUGCAUGAAAUGUUCCUUCGUCACGACACGAGUAUGGAAAUGUUUACUACCCAUAAUGAAAUGCAAGUGGCCCCUGCAAGCUCCCAGGGCGCGAGCUUAGCCCCCUCGGGAUGGAGGCAGCCACUACCGAGUGUGAAAGCUAGCGAAAAAUCAGGAGGAGUAUAUUCUCUAAGGCAUCUCAUCAGCAACCAUCUGAGCAAACCUGUGGUUGUUCAGAAACCAAUACGAAAUAUGCAAGACCUAAACGAGCGCAUGGAAAUACGCGGUGCCGCAGACGAGAACAUUUGGAAAUGGUGCGAAAACGUUCUGGCGCAUGCAAAGAGGAUUAAAAAGGUUACCAAAAAACCUGAGGCGGAGGACGGUGUUCUAUCUCUAGGAAACGUGCACUUCCCUUGUCCUCUCAUGAAAAUGAGUAUGGAGGUUCCGCUUGUUCCACCUCUUUACAGAGAUCCCGCAAUGAGUACUACCGCGAAGCCAAGACGAAAUAUAUCGGACUGUACUUUUAUUCACUCGCCUAAGGAAAGAAUAAAACGGUACAGCCUCUGGACCCGAGACCUUUCCUCUCUUUAUCCAGUUUUGAAAAUACCAUCCUACCAGUCGCCUAUUUUCCCUCACCCUCACGGUAGUCACAGUCACAGUGCACACUGAAUAGUGAAUACCAAAAAUACG